UUUUUCCCUGAUUCUCUCGUUUUGGGAUCUUUCUUUGCCCUCUUUUUUCUCUCCACUGUAUCAUCGGUAGUCUCUUUCUCUGCAGAAGGAGAAGAGAAGGAAAGAUCGAAGAUGAGGACAUCGAUGCUAAGAUCGGUUGCGGAAGCAGCUCUUAGAAGAGGAGGAGGCCCUUCUUCUUCUCAUCUCCUCCGCCGAUGCUACUCGUCUGAGUCGGCCCCCGAGCGCAAGGUCGCCGUCUUGGGUGCGGCCGGUGGGAUCGGCCAGCCUCUCGCCCUCCUCAUGAAGCUCAAUCCCUUAGUCUCAAAGCUCGCCCUCUACGAUAUCGCCGGGACUCCUGGUGUCGCCGCCGAUGUCAGCCACAUCAACACCAGAUCUGAGGUUGCUGGCUACAUGGGCGAAGAUCAGCUCGGCCAGGCCCUGGAGGGAUCUGAUAUUGUCAUCAUUCCCGCCGGUGUUCCCAGGAAGCCCGGCAUGACCCGUGAUGAUCUCUUCAAUAUUAAUGCCGGCAUUGUCAAAUCUCUCUGUACCGCUAUCGCCAAGUACUGCCCUAAUGCACUGGUUAACAUGAUUAGCAACCCCGUUAACUCGACGGUGCCCAUUGCUGCCGAGGUUUUCAAAAAGGCGGGGACUUACGAUGAGAGGAAGCUUUUUGGUGUGACUACCCUUGAUGUUGUUAGGGCUAAAACCUUCUACGCCGGAAAGGCCAAGGUUCCGGUUGCCGAGGUUAAUGUUCCUGUAGUUGGUGGUCACGCUGGAAUAACCAUUCUCCCUCUCUUCUCUCAGGCCACGCCAAAAUCCAACAACUUGUCGGAUGAUGAGAUUAAGGCUCUUACUAAGAGAACACAAGAUGGAGGGACGGAGGUUGUGGAAGCAAAGGCUGGAAAGGGUUCUGCAACAUUAUCAAUGGCCUAUGCUGGAGCCAUUUUUGCUGAUGCUUGCCUCAAGGGACUUAAUGGGGUUCCAGAUGUUGUAGAAUGUUCCUUUGUGCAAUCUAACAUCACUGAACUUCCUUUCUUUGCUUCUAAGGUGAAGCUUGGAAAGAAAGGUGUAGAGGAAGUUCUGGGGUUGGGUCCCCUCUCUGACUAUGAGAAACAAGGCCUGGAAAGUCUCAAGCCUGAGCUAAAAGCGUCGAUUGAGAAGGGAAUCAAGUUUGCCAGCGAGAAAUAGUUAAUUAACUAGGCUAUACAGGUUAGUGGGGGUUAUGAGAGCCCUAAUAAGGACAGACAAAAUUUUGCAUCUGUAUUCUGUAUUAGCGUUCAAGCUUUCACCAAUUCUUCUUUUUUCGACAUUUUGUUGCCUACCGGAAAUGGUUCUCCCGCAGCUGGCUGCUGAGGAUUAGGCGAUAUGGGACUUGAGAUUGUGUUAAUAAAUAGUUCCAAGGGUUUGCCAUGGAAGUGGUUCCCAAAUAAAUAUCAAGGCUUCUUGUUUAA